UGUAACUGAAUGCAUCUAUGCUUACUCUCCUCGAGUAAAACUUAAGUUAAUGCCUUUGUCUUUCUUUCCUUGUAUAUGAUUUAAAUGUUCUAGGUGUCUUGAACCUGACAUUAACUUGGUCCUUCGAGCCAGAUUCCAACAUAUCCAGAGUUUCCAGUGGACACGGAGGAUUCCAGGGAAGACUGUGCACAGCGGCCCCCUAGGUGGGCUCCUAAGAUCCUUUUGAGAGGAACUGGAUUUCCUCCUCGUCAGCUGGAAACCGAGGAUUGACGGAAUCUGGAGGAGUUAGACGAAAGGCUGAGGACGGCGGAGUCCUGUCGCUGACUUAAAUUCCGAGAUCCAGUUAGUGGAACCAGGAGAUUGGGUGCUGAUACGAAGCAUUAAGAGAAAACAUUGGCACUCUCCCAAGUGGGAAGGGCCUUAUCAGGUAUUGUUAAACACUCCCACAGCCAUAAAAAUAGCUGAAAGAUCCACGUGGGUACAUCUUACUCAUUGCAAAAAGGUCAUCUCCUCCAACAGUUCCACAGAGAAAAGUGACUCACAGUCUGAUAAUAGGGUGGACUCAGGUGUGUAGAACCUGAGUAGACUCGAAAGUCAGUGAAGAAUUUCCAAGACACCAGACUCAUUAGAGGACACUCUCGGGGAAGAUGGCGUCUAGAUGGAUAAAUGAUGCUAUUAGGUGCUGGGGAGUGACCAUCGUAUUUAUAUUAAUUUUCCUUUUCACCUGGUACUUGUGGGGAAAUCCUAGUGAACCUACCAGCAACGUCACUCGCACCAAGAGAAACACUAAACCGGAUAACAAAACUCACACUUGGGUAAACUGGUUGAAAACCAAAAAAGGGGUGGGAAGAGAUAACAACUGGUUUUUGAUUGUAGAGCAGGCAGCUAACGCAACCAGCAGUGAUUGUGUUGUCUGCAUGGGUCCCAGACCAAUAGCAAGAGUUGUGCCGGCAGCAAUCCCUGCCCAGUGUCUAAAUACCGCCAUGAGCGACAAAGAAGUGGAUGUUACCGAAAUGUUAAAUUGCACCAAGCUUAUGUAUCAAAAAGAUGAGACCGCAAAUUGGACGAGAGACUUCCCGAAAAUAGGAACACAAUCGGGUAAACCUAGUGGGACUCCCUGGUAUGAUCCUCACAUAGCAAAAGGCAAUUUCUCAUGCAUAAAUUUGAUUGGGUCAGGUAAAAGACAGGGAAACUUGACUGAGGACUGGUGCCAAGGCAUCCAAGAGUUCCCCACUACUAACUUCUCAUCAAUUAGCAGAGCUGACAUCUGGUGGUGGUGCGGAAAAGGAAAAGUCCUGAAGACCCUGCCAAUAAAUUGCACGGGCUUGUGUGCUUUGGUAUCCUUUAUAAUGCCAGUCACAGUGUUUAAGGUGUCUUCUGCAGAAUUGGUAGAAAAAGGAAAUCAGCAGUUGCCAGUACAGCUGAGAAGAACAAAGCGUACAACAUGGCAACAGACCGAUCCGACUUACAUAGACGCUAUAGGAGUCCCUCGUGGCGUACCAGAUGAGUACAAGAUAGCAGAUCAGGUGGCUGCAGGGUUUGAGUCCCUGUUCUGUUGGUGGUGCACGAUUAACAAAAAUGUAGACCGAAUCAAUUACAUCCAUUAUAACGUACAGAAAUUGGGCAAUUGGACACAGAGUGGGUUUGAGGCUGUUCAUGGACAGCUUUCCUCAACGUCACUGAUGGCAUUCCAGAACCGCAUAGCUCUUGACAUGUUGCUUGCAGAGAAAGGAGGUGUGUGUGCUAUCUUUGGGGAGCAAUGUUGCACCUUCAUUCCUAACAACACUGCAGCAGAUGGCAGUCUCACCAAGGCCAUAGAAGGGUUGAAAACUCUGAAUGGUAAGAUGAAAGAUCACUCUGGUGUAGACACCACUAUGUGGGACUCUUGGUUAAAUGCUUUUGGGAAAUACCGAACCUUGGUGUCCUCAAUUCUAAUAUCUCUAGCAGUCUUUGCUGCAAUAUUAACCUUAUGUGGAUGUUGUUGUAUUCCGUGCCUGCGUUCUUUGUCAACCCGUCUCAUCACCACAGCAAUUUCACCUAUGGAGGACCGUUUAACCCAGAUGUAUCCACUCCUGCAACAAAACCGAGAUAAUGAUGACAACACAGAUGAAGAAUCAGACCAUUGGCCUAAUUUGUUCCUUGAUCCAGGUGACUAUGAGUCACCCCUGUAACUAACCUAACACACUCUGAGUGUAAACAUUUUGACAGACUCAUAAAAAUGAUCUUGCAGUCGAAAAUCUAGCGAAGAGACUGAUUGAGUGAUAUGAGAAUUUGAGAACAAAAUGUGAUAAACAGGAGGGAAAUGUUAGAAUAAAAUGUACAUAAGUUAUCCCAUUUAUGUUUUGUUCUUAGUGACCUUUAAAGUUCACAGCAAUGCUGUGUAUGUAUGUGUGUUAUUAAACUUGUGUCUGUGAGAAUAACAGGAAUGCAACCUGCUAUCCCAUGACCGGCAGGGCAGGCUGACACCGUACCAGAUGAUCUCGAGAGUAGUGGCUGCUCCAAGGCCGCUCUCGCAAGAUAAACCUGAUAACACCGCUUUGUUCUUUCUUAAGUAGCAGUAUACACUUCCCCCACUCCUUAGAAAAUUAUGUAACAGGAAUCUCCUAAACUGAAUAAAAAAGAGGAGGAUGCAUAGAUGCACUUCAGAGUGAGUA